UGAAAGUGAGUUAAGUGAAUAUGUUGUUGAAAAUGAGUUAAGCGAAUAUGUUGAAAAUGAGUUAAGUGAAUAUAAUGAAAGUAAGUUAAGUGAAUGUUUUGUUAAAAGUGAGUCAAUAAAUCAAAUGAAUAAUUUUGUUGAAGUAAAUCAAGCGAAUAAUUUUGUUAAAGUGAAUCAGGUAAAUAAUUUUGUUAAAGUGAAUCAAGUGAAUAAUUUUGUUAAAGUGAAUCAAGUGAAUAAUUUUGUUGAAAAGAAUCAA